AUGGCAGAGGUGCUGGUAGCCGCAGUGCUGCGAGAACGAGGAGCCCUGGCUGUUUUUUUGGAGAUUUCGGACCUGGACCAGAGAUUCUAUGCCGAGGUCUCCCUCGAGGAGCUGUCAGCUUUCUCAUGCUGGCGACAGAAGCAGGAACUGAGGCAGAGACAGGAUGAAUCUGACGAUGAAUGUGGCUGGCAACUGGAGGAUGAUUGGGACAUGCUGGACGGAGGAGAGAAGGUCGAGUGGGUGCCCGAGGACCCUCGUAAGACUUUGGCUUCAGACCCUACCGGUCAGUGGCUGGCCCUGCUUCAACACGGUCCGGUAAGGUGUUCACCAGGACAAGAUCUGCCACGCGUUCCAGCCUUUGAGGAAAGUUGGGCCAGUGAGGAAGAGAAUCAAGGCGACAGCAAAGAAGGCGUCCAUGCGUCUUCAACUGACCCUCCACAAGCUGCCACGAGGGGAGCUUCGGAAGCUCCCGAAAAGGAUGCACAGACCAGGGAUUCAGAAAUUGAAGCUGAUAUGGCAACUGCUAUUGGGCAUACGGCCCCUGGUGGAGAAGCGCCAUUUGAAAAAGCCAAUCAUGAAGACUGGGGGCAUGAAGCUGGCAUCGCAAGCCAAACAGCGGCCAGCAUCAUGAAGCAGGUUCAGGACGACGACGGCAAUCAAGCGGAUGAAGCUAAUGAUGAGUUGAGCAGAAUGGCAGCUACCGCGACUCAUGCAGCUGCAGCUGCAGGUGCAGAAGCCACACCUUGCUCCGAGCAUGACUCUGAUGCUGGCAUCGCCACCGUAACCACGCCGGCCGAAGUUGCUGGCGGCAAAGCCCGAUCCAACGCACAGGAGAAUGCCGCAGUUCGUUUGGCCCGUCUCUUCCAGGCACCUGCACCGGAGGUGCCAGAGCCAGAGCCAGGCCCGGAACGUGGGCGUCGGCUUCAUACCCGAACUGCUCGGAAAUCGGACCCCGUCCAGCUGGCCAUUGCCGCGGGCGCAGACGAAGGGUUCGCUCGCGCAGCCGCCCAGAAGAGGCGAGCAGCUGCAUCUAACGAUGAGGCCGCGCGACCAAAGCAAGGUACCAGCAAAAGCAGGGCCCUGGUAGGACAGAAUUUGCAGACCCAGUGCAGUGCAUCAACCCGUGAAAGCCGAAGCCAGCCGCAGGCCAUAAGUACCCGCAGCAAGGCGAGCUUUCAUAAGGAAUGCGAGGCUUCCUCGCACAGACAGUCUGCAGCCAUGUCGUCUCCCAAGCGCAAGAACGGCGCAGCGAAGCUGCUGAAGGUUGACUUCUCCAAGGAGUUUGAGUCCCGAGGCAUUCCGCUCGAGGACAGCAGCGCAGAGAGGGACGCCAAAGAGCUACGGAAAGUCGCUUCCUUCUUUGGCAUGGAUGGGCAUGCAGUCCACAGCCUCAUGGCCCAGGUCGAAGGGGAAGGGAGCGAUGAGAACGGCGGCUCUGAGGAGGAAAUGCUGGAGGAGCUCGAGCUCGGCAAGGCGACUCCUGUCCUUGGAGGCAUGGCAGGAGGUGGAGGAGGAGGCGGAGGCGAGGACAGUGACGAGGACGAGGAGGCAGUCGCCGCUGCCGCAGCGGCGGCUGCUGCACGGCAGAGGUGGCUGCACAGACCCGUGACCCCGAGAGAGCUUUUGAAGGCGAAGCAGCCACGGCCGAUCAGUAUCAACGACUUUCCCUCGAUUUUCCAACGAGCUGGGGCCUUCAAAUGGAUUCGCCCCGCUCACCACAGGAGACUCACUAUGCAUACUUCAGCCGGCGCUUGCCUUCCGAGAAUCCGGAGCAUCGCAAAGCGAUGGAGUGGCAGACGGAGACGACGCGCAAGUGCAUCAGAAAUCGAAAUCGGAGAAAAAGCUGAGCCACCAGAGCCACCAUGCUAUGAGAUUUUGCUUGCUCUUGGAGGUCGCAAGGCCAAGGAGCAGAGCAACAGGCAGACGGGGAGUUGGCGAUGCUUUGUUUGCGAUGGCGGGCCUUCAGGAAAACUUGGAUGUCUUAUCCGCUGCGAUGGCUGCGACAAGACCUUCCACAUGAACUGCCACGAUCCCCCAGUGACACGUCCGGGACUUCCCAACGAGAAGUGGUAUUGCUCACACUGUACCGAAGCUCUUGCACAGCACCGUGCGCUGCGCCUUCGACCUGGUGACUUUGCAUGGGCACGCCUCAAGGCGACCUCGGUGCUUUGGCCCUGUGUGGUCCUGAAGCUUGACUUCACGAAGCCCGACGACCCCAGGCCAUAUUGGGUGAACUUCUUCGAGGGUCGGAAGCGUGCCGAGCAAAGAGGUGCUUGGGUGGGCGAAGACCAGGUGCUACAGUGGAGCGCUGGCCCAAUGAUUCCCGAAAGCGCGUCUCAAAGACAGGCGGCCCUGAGACAGGCGCAGGCUGCCGGAGCCGGCCUUUUCGAUAAAGAGAGGUCCGCAAGGUGUUCCCCACCACAGACGCCCAGGCGAAAGGUCGCGAAGGUGAGCUCUCCAGCCAGCGGUGGAACCACUACAUCCAGCACCACACUGCCUCACUCCUCUCCCCAUGCUGGAACUCCCUCUUCGAGAAGGCCGAGUCACCCAAACCUCAAGCAGGAAGCACAGAAGAUUCAG